UGGUGAAACCGGAAGUGUGGUUUCUUCAAACGCUUAGCUUGUUGUUGUAGAUGUAAACAUUGAUGCAAAUGAACUUGAACCCCGAUUUUCCUAUUGUUUUGGUAUUUGCUCCAGUCACCGAGGGAAUAACAGCUCAAAUGGCGCGGUUGUAGGUCGUUGGGGAUUCGACACUCGGCAAUGGAGAACGGGGGUCUGGGACACAUGAGGGGAGAGUGUGUGUCUCUCAAUGUUGGUGGCUGCGUGUACCGCACUUCUUUGUCCACACUGCGGCGCUAUCCAGACUCCAUGUUGGGAGCCAUGUUCAGAGGAGACCUGCCCACCGUGAAGGACGCACAGGGGAACUACUUUAUUGACCGCGACGGGACUCUGUUCAGGUAUGUCUUAAACUUCCUGCGCACCUCAGAGCUCACUCUUCCCUAUGACUUCAAAGAGACAGAGCUGCUGAGGAAAGAGGCGGACUUCUACCAGAUCGAGCCCCUACUGCAGUGUCUGGGAGACCCCAAGCCUUCACCGCUGUAUCCCACCAAUUCGUACGAAGAAGUGGUGGAGUUGUCUAGUACCAGGAAGCUGUCCAAAUACUCUAACCCUGUGGCAGUCAUCAUCACACAGCUAACAGUCACAACCAAGGUGCAGAGUGUGCUGGGAGCCAUCUCAAACAGCUUCACAAAGUGGAACAAACACAUGAUGGACACCAGGGAUUACCAGGUCUCUUUUACCUUUGGACCUUGUGACCAUCAACAGGAAGUCAGCCUGAGAGUCCACCUGCUCGAGUUCAUCUCCAAAGCUGGAUUUACGAUACGCAACACUCGAGUCCACCACAUGAGUGAACGAGCCAACGAAAACACAGUGGAACAUCACUGGACAUUCUGUCGACGCGCUCAAAAAGUCCACGAAUAGCAAACAGAAAACGUAUAUUUACCGAGACUGAACAGGUGGAAAUGCAGUGGAAUGAGUAGUUUAAGUUAGUAUUAGCUUCAUUUAGAUAUUUAGAUAUGUGCUUUCAUCAGGACAGCCUUUCAUCCAAGACUGAAGCAUAUGCCACAUCAUUGAAGUAUAGGCAUAAAAGGACUGAACCUCGAUGCAUCUCAUAGAACACUGAAAUUAAGAGGGUUUUUUUUUUUUGCUUUUUGUGUAAAUUCCUGUUUGGUUUUCUUCUUGUAUGUUCCUUGUAAAAUCUAAGGGCAGUUAAUAUUUUGACCACAGUUGAAUACGUUUUGACCAGCGAAGUUAAUUUUCUUUUUUCACCAGACAUCAUCACAUCACUAAACCUCCUAUAGUCAGUAUAAUACCUCAACUCAUAUAACCACUGCUACACGAUCACCAAAAAGGUUUACAAACAGGAAUUUAUCUGUUUGUUUGUUUUUUCAGGGUCAUAGUAUUCUUUGAUGAAAAAUAUUCAGUAGGCUAAUCCUGCUGACUUGAUGUGAAUGGCUAAACCUUCUACACUUCCUUGACUAAAGACAGCUUCAAUGGCCAAUUGCAUUAAGAACUUCAUGAUAUUGAAUAGAGGUUUCACAAUUACAUUGAGCUGAAAAGAUGUCAGAUUUGAAUUUUCAAACUCAUGAAACUCUGUUUAAUAACUCUGAAUUUACAUCUAGAGCUUUAGCAAACAUCAUGUAGGCAAAGCAUAUUUUAAAAGCAUACAUUUAUACAAGAGAUGUCUGAGCUGCCCCUGCUACACCUUCUCACGGUUUCUUUAAAACAGACCAAACUGCAGGAAGAAUCUGAGGAAACCUAGGUAUAAACCUAGGCCGUCAAAUUUUCAGGUAUUGCACGUCAUGCCUUAUCCUUUCUUUCUCUUCCUUGUAAUACAGUUGUCCCUCAGUAUAAUGUCAUUCAUCUUUUGCGGCCUCGCUAUUUUGCAGAUUUUUUAGUGCAAUUUUACAUGCUUUUUUUUUUUACAGUGUAUGAACGCGCAUUGUGUUCUGCGUCCUGAUUAGCUAAGGAACUGAAGACCUUUGUCAAUCAGUCUCAUACGUGCCAUGUCUCCUGUACACUACAGAAUGCAUUCAGCUUGCCAAAUUUCUAUAAAUAUUCGAUUGCUAGCAGUGUAACUCUGAAGUGCCGUAUGUUUGCAAAUUUUCUCCCUAACAAAACCCACAAUGUCGAUGAAAGGUUCUGCACCAACAAAAGCGCCUACAAAGGUUUGAACUUUGAGAGUCCUUAAACGAGAGAGAAAUGUGAGAAAAUGUUACUGCCUGUCUUAGAAAAGUGUAUAAAGUGUGUGGUGAGGGGUUUUACAGACUUAAAACAUAUAAUAAUUGUAAAAAAUAAAGCUGAUGACUUUGUGGAUUUCACCUAUUGCUGGUUAUUUUUAGAACAUAACCCCUGUGAUAAACGAGGGACCACUGUAUUAAUGUUUGAUAUUAAAAUAUAUACACACGUGG